AUGGAAGAGCAGAUAUUACCGCCCAAUCAGCAAAUCGGUGAUUAUUUAUUGCAAGAGAAAGUUGGUCACGGUGGCUUUUCCAAUGUUUAUAUGGGAAUACAUCUUCCAACUCAAACCGUAUGUGCAAUUAAAGUUAUUACAAAGGAUAAACUUCCCCGCGAAAUAUAUGAAAGAGAAGUCAAACUGAUGAAGAUGCUUGAUCAUCCAUUUUGUUUAACUUUCUAUGAAUCUUUAGAAGAUGAAAAUAAUUAUUACAUGGCAAUGGAGAACGUAGAAAACGGAACGGUUUUGACAGAAAUUAACAAAACAUUCGGCCUUCCCGAAUGGAAAGCUAGACACGUCUUUUGCCAACUAAUUUGCACGCUUGACUAUUUACAUAAUGAACUUCAUAUCGCACAUCGUGAUCUUAAGGCGGAAAACAUCAUGUUUGAUCGUAAUAAUAAUAUUAGGUUGAUCGACUUCGGCCUAGGAAAUACUUUUACAGAAGAAGCCAUGUUAAAGACAGCCUGUGGCUCACCAGCUUACGCACCACCAGAAAUGCUUUGCGGAAAACCAUACAAUGAUUCUGCAGACUUAUGGAGUGCUGGUGUCGUUCUUUUUGCGAUGGUCAUUGGAAGAUUACCAUUCCAAGACAAUUCUAUCCAAAGAUUAGCGCAAAAGAUUGUAUAUUCUCAACCACAGUAUUCUCCAAAUGCUUCUCUUGAAGUUCAAGACCUUCUUUCGAAACUUCUUGAAAAAGAUCCAGCGAAAAGAAUAACGAUACCAGAAAUCUACGAGCAUCCAUGGUUUAAGAAAUAUCCUGAUGCUGAAGUCAUGAGAGGCGAUUUCGGUUUGAUGAAUGGAUGGAGAAAUCCACCGAACACACAAAUUGUUCCAAACCCAUUUGUAUAUAGCAAAAUGCAGUCGAUGGGAAUUCCUUUAGAGGGUCUAGAUAGUUUGAUUGUAUCAAAUGUCUUUAACAGAGCAAUGUCCGCAUAUCGUAUUAUUCGUCGUGAAUUAGUUACGGAUGCAAUGAGCGGAUAUUUCGAGCGCGCAAAUCCAGAAGGCUUCAAGCACGUCCCAUUAACUCUUCAAAUUCCUCAUCCUUCAUCUGUCAUACGUCGUAGACCAACAAUAUACUCUCCAAUGUCUCCUGGAGCUCCAGUACAUAAAAAUCCACUCUCCGUUGCAAGAACUCACCGUCGUCGUACAGUAUCUAACGCAGAUGUCAUGGUUAAAGAUCCGAAUUUCCAGGCACUGCGUGCACAAUAUGCUCAGGCUACUGGUUCUGACGAUUUUAAUGGACAAGUUCCUCACGAACAGCAACAACAAAAUGAGGAAGCUCAAUUGCCUUCCUUAUGCAGACUAAUGAGUGGAGUUAGAAGAGCUAGAGUUGGAUCAAUGUUAUAA